AUGACGAAUGCGCUGGACGACUACGCGCACGCGACCACGACGCGCAACAUGGACGAGAACGUGACGACGCUGCCGUACGACGAGAAGGACGACCUGGAGUCGCUCAAGGCGCGGCUGCAGCGCCGCAAGAAGCCCAUCUACGCGGGUCUGGCCUUCCUGGCGGUCGUCGUCAUCGGCGUCACCGUCGGCGUCUCGGCCAAGGGGAGCUCCACCGCCAACACGGAGUCCGCUCAGCAGAAGGACACUGUGCAGUCCACCUCGAGCGGUGCGAGUGACGCCACCAAGACCGGUCAGCAGACACAGGUGGACAGCGACGCUAGCGCCGUCCAGGCCGCCAAGGACGCGGCCACGUCGUCCCAGAGCUCGGACUGGAGCUCGUACAGCCGCUCGGGAUCCGCCUCGGACUCGGUCGCGGGCGAGGCCUCCGCCGGUCAAUGGUCGCUCAACUCGACGGACGGUUCGUCGUCUACGCCGACCCCGACGCCUACGCCGACGUCCACUGAGGCCACGCAGAGCUCGUCGUCGGGCGAGGCGCUGGCCUACAGCAUCGUGGACUUCGACUGGACGGACGCGUCCAAGUGGGAGUACGCCAGCGGCAGCUCCGUGUCCUCGGACAUGGUCACGAGCAGCGGCAUCACGCUCACGCCUUUGAACAGCAAGGAGCCGAUCCGCACCAUCGAGGGCUGGAGCGGCGAGAAGGUCGUGUACAUCGAGUGGGAGCGCUCGAGCACGAGCGACACCAACAUCUGGAUGCUCAACACCAAGCUGCAGGACCAGUUCGCCACGGGCAACGGCUGGCCCUACUGGGGCGAGCUCGACCUCUUCGAGAUGUUCACGCAGGACGCGAGCGACCACCCGGCGUACGACUACAGCGGCUUCGGCGGCUUCUCGGACGUGUCGAGCUACGGCCAGCUGACCAUGCACAUGGGCCCCGCGACGGCCGACGGCAGCCCGUGCUUCUGCCCCGCCAGCCCGUCCAAGAGCGCGUGGUACGACAAUACGCAGCCCAUGACGUCCGGCUGCACGGCGCAGUUCUCCAACAACGAGAAGAACUCGAUCGCGGCCGUCUGGGGCUCGGACGGCAACGGCCAGUUCAUCCAGCUCAUCCAGAACCCGACCAUCACCAAGGGCGGCAAGCUCAACGGCAAGGACACGUACGACGUCGGCACGGGCAGCGGCGGCGUCACGUCCAAGAUCUACAACAACGCCGAGCUGUUCUGGGGCGUGGACGCGACGGACAAGUGCGCGACGGCCGGCGGCCACGACGCCACCUCGGGCUUCCCCUUCUUCGAGAGCUUCCGCAUCAUCCUCGAGGAGCAGAAGAAGGGCGACUCGAGCGCCUCCUUCACGGUCACCAACAUCCAGAUCUUCUCCAAGAACUAG